CCUUAAAGGGACCGUACUCCUUCAAUCUCCUCCCCGAUCACCCCUUCCCCCGGUGUCCGCUUGAUUUGGCCCAGAGCGGGCUCGAAGCCUGGCCCAGCGAGCGCAGCGAGAGCCAAGCGCCCGCCCCGGCUUCUUCCGCCGCGGCUUCUUCCGCCGCGAGUAGGAGCGGAGCCGCUGCUGCCGCCCUCUGCAGACACUUAAUUCAGAUGAUUAUGCAAGGAUGAUCUGGAUUUUCUGGAAGGCUGCUGAAUGAGAGAGAGAGAAAAAGGUGUCAGAGAAAAGGGGGAGCAUCAAGGAGAAAAAUGAGGCAUUAGGAAAACAGCAGAUCUUCAGCAGCAUCCCCUACACUAAAGCUCUAACCAAAGCAUCAGCAGGUAACUGGAAAGACUUGGGAGCUAUCACAAUAAUACUGGACCAGGGAGAUCAAUUAUGGUUCUGUAUAAAGCAGUUUCAUAUAUACACAUAAUGUAAGUCCACAGUAACAAUUUUGUUGGUGAUUUUAAGCCAUUUUGACUCUUAUCUCAUGGCUACUUAAAACAUUCAGGUUUCAGAUUUUUUUUUUCUGUCAUAUAAUAGAUGACAAAUCCUGUAUUUUAGGAUGACAAAUCCAAAUGCAGAAAUAGAAAGAAAUCAACCUCUAUAAUGAUUGAGUGCCACAAAGAUGAUGCUGUAUGGCUAAAAAAAGUCCCACAAGUUCAGUAAUUUUUACACAAUUGGGCUUCAUUGGAAUUCAAUCAUCAUCACUGGAAAGUGAUAUCCCAGUUUUACAAGAUGGCAAAGGCCCUUAGGGGCUGAAGAAUGAGCUUUUCUUGCAUUAGGCUCAGUAAGAUAUGCUUCCUGCUCUCAGUUAUCACUUGUACAGUUCUCCUUUUGCUAAUUCCCAAAUUCCAAUCCAGCUGGAGAUUUAGAAUCUAUCCUCAGCCACGCCUAUCACUUGUUUUUAAUAGUUCCAACAAGAAUGAUAUCCCACUACAGCAGGUGGAGUUCAAUUCCCCUGAUCCUUUGGAUGCUGAGAUUAACAAUAUAGUGCCCUUGAUAAAACAGAACCUAUUAGAAAAAUGGAGUCAUUAUGUCAUAGACACUAGUGGAUCCCAUCUGAAAACUAAUGGAAAGAUAAAUGAAAGGCCACACAGUGUGAUACAUACGGAAACUGCUGAAGUCUCCACUAAGGAGAAGUUGGAAUUGAAGGAUAUUUUUAUUGCUGUGAAAACCACAAGGAAAUAUCAUAAAACAAGGCUAAACUUGCUGUUCCAAACAUGGAUAUCUCAGGCCAAAGGACAGACAUUUAUAUUCACAGACUGGGAAGAUCGUGAGUUGCAUCUUAGAGCAGGAGAUCACAUAAUUAAUACCAACUGCUCAGCUGUUCACACCCGCCAAGCUCUUUGCUGCAAGAUGUCAGUGGAAUAUGAUAAGUUUCUAGAGUCUGGGCAAAAGUGGUUUUGUCAUGUAGAUGAUGACAACUAUGUGAAUCUGCAGAGCCUCCUGAGUCUUUUGUCUGCUUUUUCACACAGCCAAGAUAUAUAUAUAGGAAGACCAAGUCUGGACCAUCCAAUUGAAGCAGCUGACCAUAUCCGGAAUGACGGAUCAACCACUACAAAAUUCUGGUUUGCCACUGGUGGUGCUGGAUUUUGUAUCAGCAGAGGCCUGGCCCUCAAGAUGAGUCCAUGGGCUAGGUGUGUGCAGUUCAGAAUAUUUGCCCCCACCCCUCAACCUGAAGAGAACUGGAGAGAGAUUCAUUCCUUGAUUUUUGCUUUUGGUAGCCUUGGGAGCUUCAUCAGCACUGCAGAGAGAAUUCGCCUCCCUGACGACUGCACCAUUGGCUACAUCAUCGAGGGGCUCUUGGAAGUGAAACUGUUGCACAGCCCCUUAUUUCACUCUCAUCUGGAAAACUUACAGCGGCUGCGUGGUGGAGCUGUACUCAGACAAGUUACCUUGAGUUAUGGUGGCCCAGAGAAUAAACGCAAUGUUGUGAGUGUGGGUGAAGUAUUCACUGUACAACAAGAUCCAACUCGGUUCAAAUCUGUUCACUGCCUCCUCUACCCUGAAACUCGGUGGUGCCCCACUGUAACGGUGAAAUGACAUCUACCCUUUCAUGUGAAUCUCUUAUACAGCUCUCUUUCAAUGAAUAGUCAGAGCUAUAUUUUGGAGGAAAAAGAAAGACAAAGCAAAUCCCAAACAAAUCAGCAACUCUUCGAAAUAAUGCUUGAGAAGAACUUUGGCCUUGGGCACAUUAUAAAUAAUAUCUGCAAUGUUGCUUUUAUCAGUCUCAAAUAUAUCUUUGCUUGCUGAAACAUAACCCUUCCUGCUUUGCAUUAAUACAAUUUUAGUGUAAAGCUACAGUCUGGCACUGUAGCAAUAUGGCUGAUAAAUAGACAUUUAUAGAAACAUUUGGAGCAAAACAUAGCUUUUAUUAGGACAGUAUGUUCUUAUCUGGGAAGGUAGUAUAAUCAAGAAAGUAUUUUUGUCAGUUCUGCCUUACUAAUUGUAUUCCUGUGGAACCCCAGUGGAAAUGUUAGAAAUGUCAUCUCUUACAGUGAAUAUGAGCAAGCCAAUCCCUAGCAGCUUCUCUGCUCUAUGCAAGAGAAGAACCUCUUGCUUUCAUGGCCCUUUAAAACUGGCUUCCAUUCUUGCCUUUUUGGAAGUUCUCCACAGUUACAUUCAAGUCCCAAAGUGAUUGGUCUUGGAUAUUUUCUAACCACUAAUUGUUUCAAGGUAUUGAAAUCGGUAUUUCUGUUGGCUGGACCAUCAUAUGAGUCUCACAUAUUAUAUUGCAGCUAGACUUCCCAACUUGAUAAAUCAGUAGAUUGAAUCUUUGAGAAAAUAAGCAUUAGCAAACACAUUUGUAAAAGGAUGGACCUUGACUUUUUUGAGGACUGUCCACUGGUUCCAUGGUUGACCUGGUCAACUUAAUAAAGGAUAUUUCUGAGUCACUACUAUUGUACAGAAUCCUCCUUGUAAAUAUAGCAGCAUUUAUCAAAAAGACAGAAUUUUGAAUUUGAGUGAGAUAAAAGAAAUACUGGGUGUCUACCAAGAAGAAAUAAAGAGAAACUGUGAUAUAAUAGUAAGCCAUUAAUGUACCAGGACUGUCACUGACCUACCCCACUGUUGUACAUAAUGCAGUCAACCUGGAUGAUGGCCUGAUUGCAAAAUAUGCAACCUUACAGUUGCAUGUGAUCCAUCAACUUCUGUUCUGUGUGUUCCAGGUUAGUGAGACCAAAAAUUGGAGCUCUUUACUAAAUAACUUUGACCAGUGAAAGAGACAAUAUAGGCUCCUUGAAGAAUUUCUUUUGAUAAUCCUUUCUGAAGAACUGGCACACUGGCCUCUUUUCAUAAAGGAGUAAGAGUUAAAUCAUUUAUUUCUGUGAAUGAAUUAUCGAUUUGAAGCUGUUAUGGCCAGACACAGACUACACUUGACUAUCUUAUGUGCCCUAUCUGGUGUGUUGUAAGCUCCAGGACAGUUCUGAUUGUGAUCACCACCUGAUGAAAAUGUAACAAUACUGACAUAACUCAUUUUGGAGAUAAUGAUUAUAGCUGCAUGUAUUAUUGUCUCUGCUGGGCAUUCCCGACACAGUUGAUGCAUAUCUUAUUCUGACAGAAGAGAGAAAAUUGAAGCCAAGUAUUUGCCAUCAAAUCAAGGCACAAAAAAAUGUAAAAUUUGAAACCCAAGAUUUUCUUACUUAAAAACUCAAUUGCAGAUGGGCGCUUGAUCAUAAUGCACAUAUAUCUGUUACAAAGAAUUGGGGUGGUCAGGAUACAGCUUUGAGUAGUGAUAAGAGUAGCUUCUAUACUGCUUUUUCCUUUGGAGGUCAGCUUCUCCACUGUACUUUUGGGCGUGUUUUCCUUAUAACUUUAUUCAGUUUUUCUUUGUCUUAGUAAAAGAAUCAUGAAACAUUAAAUUAGAUACAGCAGGGAGCUUAAUGGCCCCCAAGGAAUAUGUUGGGGAUUCACUAUCACCAGGUGCCAUAUUGGGGGCCAUGGCUAUAGAGCAUAUAUGCUUUAUCAAUAUCCAGUGCACUGACUUUAGACAACUUGGAAUAUUUGCACAUGAUUAGAAUGCAGUAGCCUCUGCAAGUGCAUUCCUGUUCCUUGGGAAAUACCGUCUCCUUCCCGAAAUAAAUAUUUGUAAUAUAGAACAGAAGGCUUAAUAAGAUAAUUGAGACCACAACUUUUUUUACAUGUGCAAUUUGUCAAAAUAACCAUGUUCAAUCUGCUUCAGUAUCAGUUUUCACAUUAACUAAAUGAUGUGUUUGCUACUAGCUUAGUUCUCUUUUAGACUGGAACAUUUAUUACACUUAAUUCUAGAAAAAUGGCUUGUUAGUUUUCUUACUGAAUUUACUUUUGAUUGUGUUACUCUGCAUUCAACUCCAAACUUAUGUGUAUUCACCAGCAUUUAUAAUAGAUGGUUGGCGAAAACACACCUUUCUAAAUGAAGCACUAGAAAUAUAAUUAAAUAGCAAUUUUCAGGUUUAUCUAUUUCAAAAUUAAAAGUAUGUAUGUGUGUAUAUGUGUGUGUGCAUAUAUGUGAAAGAAUCAGUAGUGAUUGGUACCUGCUUAAUUUUUAAAUACAUGUUUAGCAACCUGAUGAUUUAUAUUUGAACAGUAUAAUGGGAAUUAUAGACAAUUAAAUCAUUCACUCUGUUAA